UUUUUUUUUUAUAAGCAAACGUAAACAUUAUGGGUGCACUUUUUAGUAGUCUUUUCAGUAAACUUUGGGGAGAAAAGGAAGUGCGUAUAUUAAUUCUUGGUCUCGAUGGAGCUGGUAAGACCACCAUUCUUUACAGACUUCAGAUUGGAGAGGUUGUGUCUACCAUUCCUACUAUUGGGUUUAAUGUGGAAACGGUCACUUACAAGAAUAUCAAGUUCCAAGUCUGGGAUUUAGGAGGACAAACGAGUAUAAGACCUUAUUGGAGAUGUUAUUAUUCAAAUACAGAUGCGGUUAUUUAUGUGGUUGACAGUGUGGAUAAGGACCGUAUGCAGACAUCGAGGGAAGAAUUACACGCAAUGUUAGAAGAAGAGGAAUUAAAGGAUGCAGCACUUUUGGUGUUUGCUAAUAAGCAAGAUAUGGAGGGAGCUUUAUCAGCUGCACAAGUGGCUGAUGCCCUUGGUUUAUCCACCUUAAAAAACAGACAGUAUUCCAUCUACCGAACAAGUGCAUUGAAGGGUGAAGGGUUGACAGAAGGCUUAGAUUGGUUAGUAAACAUUAUUCAAGAGCACAAGAAAUAACUUUUUUUUUCUUUAUUGAAUAAAAAAAAAAAGAGAAAUAUAUAUAUACUAUUUUAAAU